AUGUCCAGCAACUUCGAGUACAUGCCUCUUAUGAAUGGCAACCGUGCUUAUAUCCGUGUAGAUGGUGUCAAUACAGGUAGUUUCAAGACCAGUGGUAAGACAACAUUAGUUGCAAGAGUUGGUCCAAGAAAUAGCUUCAUGAACCGCGCAGCCGAGUUCACAGAAAAGGGUUUCCCAAGCAAGACAUGGGAAUUCAAGUACAAUGAUCCAUCAAAGGCCUCAUUCGUACUUCUCAUCUCAAAGAAGCACAUGUUCGGUGGCGAUGAAGAGAUUGGUGAAGUCGAAUUAAAGCUUUCUGCCUUCGAGCCAAAUACAGUUGUUUCUCAAGAGUUCAAGUUAUUGAGCCCAAGAAACCAGUCAGUUCCAGCUUCUGUAAGACUCUCUGUCCACUUAUCUGAAGAUGGCAGCUGCCCAUUCUGCGCUCCAUUCGGUGGAAAGCUUCUUGCUAACGCUGAAAUCCCACACAAGAAGACUUACUUCAACUAA